AUGGGGAACGGGGAGCAGGAACAUAAGGGCGAUAAGACGUUUGAGGACGGGGGGUCACGUGGCGGGCCGGGUUCUGCCCCUGCCAUCUCCGCCCUGCUCGAGCUGCUGCCGGCUGCUCCUCCUUCGUGCGAGCUGCUCCCGGCGCUGCAGCUGAUCCUUCGCUCGCUGCCGCCCCUCUCGCGCGAGCAGCUUCCAGCGCUGUGCCCGAGAGCUGCAGCUGAAGAGAUGCCGAUCGUCGGCAUCUCCCUGCUCACAGCCUCCGUGGAGCCCGUCGUGCCCACACCUGCGCCGCCCGCCGUCGUCGACGCGGCCGCUCAGGACGACGCGGCGAUGGCCGAGACCACGGUGGCCCAGGCUGGCGCGGUGGUUGAGGCGCCGCCUGCCCCCGAGGUGGCCACGCCGGCACGGGCCCAGGAGCCCGUCGCGGACGCCGGCACCACCGAGGCCCUCCACUGCGCCGCCACGCUGGCGCAGGGGGGCGACCCCGACGAGGCGGUGGCGCUGCUCCGGAACGAGUGCGCGGGGGCGCCCGCGCAUCUAUUGGCGGAUGUCCACCACAAGGUGCUGGAGGCCUGCCUGCGCCAGGACAAGGUGGACACGGCGUGCGAGCUGGUGACGGAGCCUGAUAUUGUUUGGUCAGUUGCGAUGUGA